UGUGGUGACUGAAAGAAAACAAGGAUAUCAUGAAGUAUUAAGCAUUCUUGACGUGAAAGAUCCUAUAACAAUAAACUCAUUCACUGAAAAUUUAUCCUUAUUCGUACCUUGGCUUUGUAUGCAGAGAAAAAUAAUGGACAAAAUAUCAGCUUCCACCAAUCCAGUUAUUUUGCAGAGUGAGGGCUUACUCAAGUAUAUACUAGAAACCAGCGUUUACCCACGAGAAGCAGAGACUCUCAAAGAGCUGAGAAAUGCAACAGCAAAUCAUCCUCUUGGCUUCAUGGGCACAUCACCUGAUGCGGGUCAGCUAAUGGCUUUGCUCUUGAAACUUCUAAAUGCUAAAAAGACAAUUGAAGUAGGAGUUUUCACUGGAUACUCUCUUCUACUCACAGCACUUAGCAUUCCAUAUAAUGGAAAGAUUACAGCCGUAGAUCCAGACAGAAAAGCUUAUGAGAUAGGACUUCCAUUCAUAAAAAAGGCCGGUGUCUUACACAAGAUUGACUACAUAGAGUCUCCAGCUUUGCCGGUUCUUGAUAAACUCUUAGAUGAUCCGGCAAAUGAAGGUACUUUUGACUUUGCCUUUGUUGAUGCCGACAAAAAUAACUACUGGAAUUACCAUGAGAGGCUUAUCAAAUUGGUCAAGAUCAGCGGGAUUGUUGCCUAUGAUAACACACUUUGGGGAGGAACUGUUGCCUUGCCGGAAAUGGUAGUUUCAGAAACAAAGAGAGAAUGGAGAAGAUGUACACUUGAUUUCAACGAAGCAAUUUCAAAGGAUCCUCGCAUGGAACUUGCUUUUGUUUCAAUAGGCGACGGACUCACUAUCUGCAGGCGCAUUUGCUGAUAUAAAUUGACUUCCAAUAGAGUUGUGAUCAAUAAUAGUCCAAGUCAUGGCACGGUUUAAAUAAAUUUGUAAAAUUUAAUCUUAUUGAUAACUGUUCUCAAUCUAUCAAUAUAUUUCUAGCCACUAGGCUACUUAGACAAAAAAAAAAAAUAAGAACUACACUAAAGGAGCUUAGCAGUAACACUAGUGUGCCAUAUAUAAAUAAAUUUGUAAAAUUUAAUCUUAUUGAUAACUGUUCUCAAGUUGUAUUGCCAGCAACGAUACUGAAGAGUACACAAAACGGGUUUGGU